UGCCCUUGCCUCACAAGACGCCUAGGAUGAGAGGCAGACAGACUUGCUCCACGCUUGUGCCCUGUACUGCAAGCCAGGCUCCUCUACCAUCUCUGCGUCAGGGCUGAAGCCUCUGGCGGGGUUUCGGAGAGCAUCUUCUGGGAAUAAGCCCCCUCCCGAGGAACACGGAAUAAAGUCAAUCUGAGGAGAGGCGGCACUCAAACAAAAAGACACGAAGAAAAUAAUAUUUUGAAAUAUUAAUAAUUUGAAAAAUACAAAAAACUAAUCUGGGUCUGGUUUUUGAGAGGCUUCACAUGUUCGAGGCGUGAGUGUCUCCGUCAGGAAUCGGGAUGUCUCGGAGGAAGGUGCGUGGGCUGACCCGGACCGGGCGUCAGGUGAGCGAGGACCCCGACCUGGACAACCUGCUGUCCAACCUGUCCCCGGAGGAGAUGGAGGAACUGGAGAAGGAGGUGAUGACCGUCCCAGACCUAGACCCUGGCGAGGGCCGGAUCCAGGUCCUGGGAGCGGAGGCGCAUGAGAAGGCACCUCCAGCCGCCAACAAUAUCCAGGAUGCUAGCAGCAGCAGAGAGCGGGAAAUCAAGAAACCGAGCCAGAGAGAAAGUUGUUCUGAGGAACCAAAGAAGGAGAGCCGCAAGCAGGAAUACUUGAGGAAGAUGGGCCUCAGUCAGGAGGCCCAGGAGGGGCCCCUGCAGAGACAGGCCACCGUCUCCAGCGACCAGGACACCCGGCCGGGGGGGCGAACCAGCACCAGACCAGACGGUGUUAAGGAGAACAGGCCCGGGGCCUCCAGCAGCUACAGAAGAUCUGACAGCAGAGUGGAGACGACAGACAAACAGGAGGACGUCAAGAUGAAAGAGAGGAGAGAGAACAGGGAGAGCAUGAACAAUAAGACCAAAGACAUGAUCUCCAAGUUGCAGGGGAAAAACGACGAGGCGAGAGAGAAAGAGAGGAAGGAGGAGAGCAAGAAGAGGGACGACAGCAAAACCAAGGAGCUCAUCUCCAAGCUCCAACAGAGCAAGGACGGGAAGAAAGACAGAAAAGAAGACUUUAAGACCAAAGGACUUGUGUCCAAGAUGCUGGAAAGACAAAGCCAGGUAGAAGAGUGCAAAGCAGAGAACAAGAAGACGAAGGAGGAGGAGAAGGACCAGGCGGACGAACAGAUGCAGAGACAGACGGCUCUCGAGAAAGGUAAGAGCGACUUGCAGGUGGAUAAGAAAUACAGCAAGGAGAGAGAGAAGGAGGAAGGGGAAAAGGAGAAGGAGAAAGAGAAAGGGAAGGAGGAAGAGAAGGAGGAAGAGAAGGAGGAGAAGGAGAAAGGGAAGGAGGAGAAGGAGAAAGGGAAGGAGAGAGAAAAAGAUGAGGAGAGCAAAAAGAAGGUUAAGGAUACGGAACUGAUGCAGGGGAGGAAGAGGAUGCAGGAGAAAGAUCCGGAAGAGAGGAAGACGAAUGAGCAGAGCAGAGGAACAGGCCAGAAGGCCGGUCCUGAGUCAGCCAUGGAGGAACAAAGCCAGAACUGUGUGGAGAAUAAGAACUCCAACAGCAAAACCAAAGAAGAAGACGAGGACGAGGAGGAUUCCAGCAUGUUUGACGAGCUCAUGGAGCAAGUCCACAAGAACGACCCCUCGGUGUCGGAGAUCAACGUCAACAACUCCGAAGUCAUCAAGACCAAAACGCUCAUCCAGUUCGCGGAGGCCUUGCACGGCAACACCCACAUCAAGGCGUUCGCUUUGGCCAACUGCCGCGCCGACGACCACGUUGCCUACGCCAUCGCGGGCGCCCUGCGCGCCAACAAGACCCUUACGAGCAUCAACCUGGACUCCAACCAUCUCACUGGCAAGGGCAUCAUUGCUCUGAUCCGUGCCCUGCAGCACAACGCCACGCUGACGGAGCUGCGCUUCCACAACCAGAGGCAUAUCUGCGGGGGGAAGACCGAGAUGGAGAUGACAAAGGUGCUGAAGGAAAACACCACCCUGCUGAAGCUGGGCUACCAGUUUGAGCUGGCCGGCCCUCGCAUGACCAUGACCAACAUCCUGAGCCGGAACAUGGACCGCCAACGCCAGCGCCGCCUGCAGGAGCAGAAGCUAGCCCAGGCCAACGGGGACAAGAAGGGCACGCUGGAGGUCCCUAAAACAGGUGGAGUAGGCUCUCUCAAGGGCUCCCCCAUGCCCUCCCCCAAACCCUCGCCUCUGGCCUCCCCCAUGCCGUCGCCCAAACUGACCCCCAAGAGGACCAGUAGAGGAGGGGGGCCCCCACCCCCACCCCCGCCCCCUGGGGGGGGACCCCCACCGCCGCCCCCACCCCCUGCCCCCCUGCUGGACAUGGACUCCCUGAAGAACUCCCUGACCCCCGUGUCCCAGAGGAGGGUGGAGGGGAAGGUCGGGGGUGCGGCUGGGGGGAGGAACUCCAGGGACCAGCUGCUAGCCUCCAUCAGGGACAGCACCAAGAUGAAACUCAAAAAGGUCGCUGUGCCGAAGCUACUGCAGUAACCCUCUGGUGGCCCGUGAGGAAGAGGAGGAGGAGGAGGAGGAGGGGGUCGGACAUCUCACAGGUGUUGAGGAGGAUCAAAGCCCUGGACAUCCCACACACACACACACACACACACACACAGUCUAACUGUAACUACUGUGCUAGGAGGAGAGGGAGGCUGCAGAGUGAAACGAGAGAUUCCCAGAGGAAUCCCUGGCUCCUGGUCUCCUCGCCCUCUACACUUGACCAAAGGCACACAGGGAGGAGGGGCAGGUCCUGGGGUCUGCAGCAAGUCUCUGCUUGUCCGUCUUUAGUCCAUAUUGAUGCUUUGCCUGUCAUUUGCACUAGAUUCCUACAAGGCUGUCCAUAUGGUAUGUUGGCAAGUGUAUGUAGGUAUUCUGUAAGUGUGGGAGUGCGUGAAAGCAAUUCAGAAAGUAGCUAUUUGUAACGGAAAAACAGUAUGUAAAACGAUAUGAUCACUAUUGUAGUAUUGAACAAUGUAAUUCGACAUCUUAUUUAUUUUCUGUGAAGAAGGAAUCCGCUUCAAGCUUGUCACUUGUAGUUCUGUCCUCGUAUAGAAUUCUCUUUGACAUAAUAUCAGGGAUAAAAAAUUUGGUUUUGAGUUAAUCAAUCAACAACAACAAAAUAAUAAGGAUGGAGGGAAGUGGUUUGUAACAUGUGUGUCAUUGCCAAAUCUCAACUGACAUCUCAGGCAAGGUUUACCACAUAAAGAGCAACCUAGAAUCCCAGUCUUUAUAAACGGGCUCAGAGAGAAUGCUAAUCCAGGCCUACCAGGAAGCAGGGGCAGUUCUAGGGGGGAGGGGGGGCAGUGGGGGCCAGUGCCCCCGUGACAACAAGCUUGGACCCCCUUGUGUCCCCCCUAAAUAUUGAGUCUGAAUUGUUAUACACCUGGUCUUUUGCCUGUUAAUGCCUGCAAUGCAGUGACAAAAACGACAUGACAACAUUCGUGUUUAAUGUAAAUCAAAUCAAAAAAUGUAACUGGCCCCUGUAACAGUACAACUGUCCCCUCCUAGUUGAAAGGGUCUCAACCCCCCACUGCCAGGCAGUAAUGGCUUCAUGAUGCCUGUUUAGAUUUACUAUAAUAUGCUGGGUGGUCCAAUGCCAAUGUUCAAUGGUAGCCCACAGCAUCAUUUAUUCACAACCUUGUCAUCCUACAACAUACUUUAAGUAAACAUCAUUUCUGAACUCUGAAUAUCUUAAUGUGAUCAGCUAUAUUCUACAAGUGGCCCUCUGCUUUAAAGUGACUAUAAAUUGAUGCAUAUCGUUGGUUUCUGUUGAAUAACACAAGGCUUUUAUACAGAGCCUGUAUACGUUUUUAUAAAGAUAUCUGACUGGUAUGUUUGCAAUGGCAUAUGUAAUAUGAUCAGAUUGAACAUAUUUGUCGACAUGUAUUAGUUGAAUUGUUAAAUAUAAUGCAAGAAUAAAGGGAAAUCUACUUUA